AUGCGCUGGGUCUGGGCGGCCGCCGCGGCCCUCCUCUGGCCACAGCUCACGCUCCUUGGGGGCGUGAGGGCCCGGCGGGAGCCCAAGAGGCCACGGAAGCCCGGCCAGCACCCCGCAGCCCCCAACGCCACCACGUCCAGCAGCGAGGGGCUACUGGGCUUCCCCAAGCUGCCUGAGGCCUCAGGGCCUGAGUUCACAGAUGCCCACAUGACAUGGCUGAACUUCGUCCGGCGCCCCGAUGACGGGGCCUCAAAGAAACGGUGCCGAGGCCAGGACAAGAAGUCGCGAGGCCCCCCUGGCCCCCCAGGACCCCCCGGUGCGGAAGUGACCCAGGAGGCUGUGCUCCGGGAGUUUCAGGGGAUGCUGAAGGAGGCUACCGAGCGUCGGUCCUCAGCACCGCUGGGCCCGCUGGUGUCCGAGGCCUUCCACUGUCGGCUGAAGGGCCCGGUGCUGGUGGACAAGAGGACGCUGGUGGAGCUGCAGGGCUUCCAGGCCCCCGUUGCCCAGGGCGCCUUCCUGCGGGGGUCUGGCCUGAGCCUGGCCUCCGGUCGGUUCACGGCCCCGGUCACCGCCAUCUUCCAGUUCUUUGCUAGCCUGCACGUGGACCCCAGGGAGCUGCAGGGCAGGGCCCGGCUGCGGGCCCGGGACACAGUGCGUGUGCUGGUCUGCAUCGAGUCCCUGUGCCAUCGCCACACGUCCCUGGAGGCCAUCUCCGGCCUGGAGAGCGGCGGCAGGGUCUUCACGGUGCACGUGCAGGGGCUGCUGCAGCUGCAGGCGGGACAGUACACCUCCGUCUUUGUGGACAAUGGCUCCGGCGCAGCCCUCACCGUCCAGAGCAGCUCCAGCUUCUCCGGCCUGCUCCUGGGCACGUGAGGGGCCAACGGGCCGCAGGGCAGCUGCCGCAACCCUCACCCCGCUGCCCUCCGGUAAACCUGGGGUCACAGCAAUAAAGAGCCCCCAGCCCUUCCUGUCGCCUGGUCGC